AUGCCUCUCUAUUGGCUGUGGGCCAAUCCUAUUUUGCUGGAGUUGAAAAGUAUUGCAACCCUAGUGACUACUAUCGCUUUAGGUGGCCAUCUAUCUAUCUAUCUAUCUAUCUAUCUAUCUAUCUAUUAUCUAUCUCAUUCUGAUCAUAUCUAUCUAUCUAUCUAUCUAUCUAUCUAUCUAUCUCUGACUGCUUAUCUAUCUAUCUAUCUAUCUAUCUAUCUAUCUCUGACUGCUCAUCUAUCUAUCUAUCUAUCUAUCUAUCUAUCUAUCUAUUUAAUGCGUUUCAUAUCUAUCUAUCUUACCAUUUCCCUAUAUAUCUAUCUAUUGCUAUCACUGUCUGUUCAUAUCUACCUACUUACCGCAGCUUGUUCAUUAUCUAUCUAUCUAUCUAUCUAUCUAUCUAUCUAUCUAUCUAUCUAUCUAUCUAUCUAUCUAUCUACUGAGCGCAGCCUGUUCAUAAUCUAUCUAUCUAUCUAUCUAUCUAUCUAUCUAUCUAUCUAUCUAUCUAUCUAUCUAUCUAUCUACUUACCGCAGCCUGUUCAUAAUCUAUCUAUCUAUCUAUCUAUCUAUCUAUCUAUCUAUCUAUCUAUCUAUCUGACCAUUGCGGUCUUUUCCUAUCCAUCUAUCCAUCUACCUAUCGGCUCUUCCUCUGGCUUUGUACAUGCUAAUUAUCUCAACUAUCUAAGCGCGAUUAAAUUGGCCCCCAACAGCUGUUGA